AUGCACACUCUUAGAUCCCCCAAAAAAAUCCGCUUCACGCAUCUAAAUAAUGACGACAAAACUAAAACCUUUUAUACAUUACAUGGAGAAGACGAAUUGCCCUUGUGUUUGUGUCCCAAACGUGGAUAUAUUGGUAUAACAACAAGAAUUCCGUUUCCUUGUAGCAAUAAAUAUUUCAGAACUGUUGGUUCAUGUAAUGGAACUUUCUGUUUGAAGACUAAAAAUGUUUUGACUCUAUGGAACCCUUCAAUCAGACGCAAACUAAGAGUACCUGAAUGUCCUCGGAGUUCUGAACUCCCUUUGGGAGGUAUUGGGUUUGGAUUUGACCCAAUCAGUGAUGAUUACAAAAUUGUGUGGAUAUCAUGUGAAAAAGACAGUUCAUUUGUUUAUGCGGUGAAGACGGGCACUUGGUGUGAAGUUGCUUCCCCUAAACCUGAGUUUACUUAUGUGUUAUAUGAGGCUUUUUUAUUCAAUGGAGUGUUGCAUUGGGAAGUAGAUCAUGAUCCUAUCAAAUCACAAGACAUAUACCCUCCUUCCUAUAUACUGACAUUCGAUUUGAGUACUCAUGUUUUUGGUAUGAUUCCAUUGCCUGGACCCACUUGGGAUUGGCUAACAACAGGAAUAACAACCAUCCAAGGUUCUCUAGCUUUGAUUUCUUAUCGUAUGGAUGUUGAUGAUACUUGGAUUCGGGUAUGGAGAGAUGUUUCUUGGUCUGUGGUUUUUAAAUUGGGAACAGGUAAACUUCCAGUUGAUGGAGCUUUUCAAUUCCAACCACAACCGCAAACAACCAAUGAUUGUGAUUUGUUGCUCAGAACUUAUGGGGAAGGGUUCCAAAUUUAUAAUCCCAAGACAUGGAUGCGAUCAAGAUUACUCGACUUCAAUGCUGCUUCUAGUUUAAUAGCCUUUCGGCAGUGUGUCGAAACACUUCAUUUGUUAGACAUGGGAGUGACUACUUGUGAAAAGAAACAACUAUAA